UGAAUUAACACACUAACAGACACACAAGUGGGCAGUCUUCACAGCUAACGCAUAUCUACAUGCUCAAUAUGGUACGAGCAAGGCGCCAGGAAGCAGAGCACUAGUUCAGUGUAUUUCUGUGUGUGCAUGUAUGUGUGUGUGUGUGUUGGGAAAAUAAAGUAAUGAAUAAGAAGAUGAGAAUAUUAUAGAUCAAAUCUAAAGUACAACGCCUGUGAAGAACAGGGAUCUGUCACCUUGAAAUGCACAUCCUUCACCUGCUACCAUUCACUUGUCAGUAGAGUUAUUACUGAUUACUGCAUCGGUUGCCAGCACACAGCACGAGGGCACGAGGACGCAGGGAGCUAGAAAUAGGGGGAAAGGCUGACAGAUGAGUUGAAUCAGGCACAGAACGGAGGGAGUGGCGCAGGGAGGCAGGAGCAGCUUGAGUGUGCCUGUGUUUGGCAAGAGGAAUCAGAAAUCCACGAGAAUCGGCUCAGAGAAGAGACUCGUCCCUCAGUUACAGAUCUGAAAACCAGUGAGAGGAACCAACAGGGGCAAAUCCCCUCUAAGAUACAGAGCUUUGGAGGCAAAUCAGAACGACAGGCUGACAAGAUCUCGAAAGAAAUAGAGGACUAUUACUCUCUGUGUUGUUGGACCAGGCCGGUCUAUACACAGUGACACCAUGGGUGCAGUGGUGGGCACUUUGACCAUGCAAACCAAGCAGAGGAGACCAUCCAGAGACAAUAUAGACGAUGAGCUGGAGAUGACGAUGGUGUGUCACAGGCCAGAGGGUCUUGACCAAUUGGAAGCCCAAACUAACUUCAGCAAACAGGAGCUGCAGAUUCUCUAUCGUGGAUUCAAGAAUGAAUGUCCAAGUGGUGUUGUAAACGAGGAGACAUUUAAACACAUUUACGCACAGUUCUUCCCUCAUGGAGAUGCAAGCAUGUACGCACAUUAUCUUUUCAAUGCAUUUGACACUACGAACAAUGGCUCCAUUAAGUUUAAGGACUUUGUAAUGGGUUUGUCAAUACUGCUGCGAGGGACACUGCGAGAAAAGCUUGAGUGGACGUUUCUCCUUUAUGACAUUAACAGAGAUGGCUACAUAAACAGAGAGGAAAUGACUGAGAUUGUGAGGGCCAUUUAUGACAUGAUGGGCAAGUACACCUACCCCGCACUAAAAGGGGAUGUCCCGCAGCAGCAUGUGGACGCCUUUUUCCAGAAAAUGGAUAAAAACAAAGAUGGAGUGGUGACUUUAGAGGAGUUUAUUAUUGCUUGCCAGGAGGACGAGACCAUGAUGAGAUCCAUGCAGCUGUUUGAGAACGUGAUUUAGGACAAGAGGAGACGAUGGAGACAAAGACACGGAAGAAAUGAGAGGGCUUGGUGUGAGUGAGUGUGUGUGGAUGCAUGCAUGUGCAAUACAUCCAGUCUCUCCUCCUCUCCCCAUCCAGCUGUGGUCGGGAUACAGUCAGAUUCCCCCACAAUGACAAUGAAAGAAGGGACUGGGCUGGGAUGCUUUCAGCCUUUUCUACAGAGUGACUGAUGACCAGAGUGACUGAUGUGACGGACUUGGACGUAAAAGACAUCGCUCUCAGUCCUGUCUUGAAGAUUGGCCUGUUAAAGAUUAAGAUGCUCCUACAUUUGCAAGGCUGCUCCCGACCAGGAAAGAGCUGUCGUUCAACCAGCAGAAGUCUUUUUAAUUUUUUUUUGGCAAAAUAUAAUUGCAUGCUUUUGCAAGAGGUUUUGAUUUAUCUCCAAACAUUUGUCAGGUGACUUAUGGGAAUCUGGCCAUAAGGACUUUUGUAUUUAUCUCAAGUAUCACUGUUGCAGUGACCCCUUUACUUUUGUGUUAACCCGGCUGUCACUUGCCUGCUAAGUCUGUUUGAUGCUUGUUGUUAAGAGUCUGUCUGAAACGUACAGUAGAUUAUCAAAGAAUUGGGAAACGAUACAUUUCAAGAGUCUGAUUUGGUGCGUGAGUGUGCCCGUCUAAUCUGUCUAUGUUGGAACUUUACAAUUUUAGUGAAACGAAAGAAGAAAUCCAAUCAUUCUUUUAUUCUUCAUUCUUUUCACCUGCUGCUUUGCUUCUUGUGGUCCAAUUGUUGUCAAAAAUGUAAAACAAAAUAUCGUGAAAAAUGUGCAUACAUUUUGGAUUUCAUGAUGAAGUGCCCGCAAAAACGAGAGGAUGAAUAAUAAUCAGGAAGAGGCUUGUGAUCCUCAAAACAAUAUCUUUAUUUGAACAGGUGGUCAAGGUUUUAACUCUGAGAUGGCGACAAUGAUGACGGUAAAAUAUUUGUAUGGUAUAAACUUAUUGAUCUUCCUCAUACUAGCUAUGUAAUUAUGUACUUGAAAUGCUAUACCUCUGAGCGAGCGUGGUCAAAUUCCUUGUAUGUGUAUACAUACUGGGCCAAUAAAGCUGAUUGUGAGAUGGUGGGCCAUGUUAAUGAAAUCCUGGCAUGAGGAAGUCUGACAAUCUUGCAGGAAAAUGUCACUGAUUGUCAGCUAUUGAAUAUGAUAUUUGAUGACACCCAGGACAGCUCCAUCUGUAUCAGUCAACACUUGUCACUGACUCCUCCUUCCAAACCAAAUCUGUGAUGUAACACUGACAGGCACAGGUACAGACAGAAGAGGGGGACUCCUGCUGUUGCCCGCAGAUGUUUUUUUUCUGUGAGGCAGGGUGUGUUUCAAAGCACCCCAUAUAAUAGAAAACUCACUAUAAUAUACCAGUAGUGGUUCAUGCACUAAAAUAUUCAUCACUGUUCCUUUUGCUGUUAGUGGAGCAGCUCUUUGCUAAAGGUUACACUAGUGUGACAUCACAGCCUCUGGCCUCUGCUAUCUUGGUUUGGAACAGUAAUUGAAUCUCACAAACAGAACAUUAAUUCUCGGCCAUAAGAAUAAAAAAAUGUAAGUUCUUAAA